UUGCAUUAUCUGAAGAGAGCCUCGAAGAAAGCAAUAAAAAUCAAAAAAAGCUUGUUUCUAGGGUUUCGACUUUCGACGGCCGGUACGAUUAUCAUCAACUUCUUGUGUUCUAAGGAAACAUGAAGCCUGUCUUUUGCGGCAACUUUGAGUAUGAUGCUCGUGAGAGUGAUCUUGAGCGGCUUUUCAAAAGAUACGGCAAGGUUGAGAGGGUUGAUAUGAAAGCUGGAUUUUUUUCUAUCUUGGGAUGCCCAUUCUCCCACCAUCCAGCCCAUUGAUGGACCAUAUGGAUAAUCCAUUUCCUGCCCAAAAGAGUCACACUCAUCCGAGCACUGGCACUACAUUCCCUUAACCCCGACUUAGUUGCAUUUCAUUCCUCUUGACUUUUCUACUCUUGGACAUGCCUCUUUGGUAAGCUCUCACAGCAGAGGCAGCAGAUCAAAUGGAGAGUGCACCACCGCGUUUCUGUUCACAAUUCCUCCUCAUUUUCAGUUCUUCUUCUUUGACAUAUUAAUUCCAUAAUGCAAGGGUUUGCUUUUGUCUAUAUGGAAGAUGAAAGGGAUGCUGAAGAUGCCAUCCGAGCGCUUGAUCGCUUUGAAUAUGGCCGCACGGGACGCAGACUCCGUGUUGAGUGGACAAAGAAUGACCGUGGAGGUGCUGGAAGAUCAGGUGGUUCGAGGAGAUCAUCGUCUGGCAUGAGACCUUCCAAGACUCUGUUUGUGAUCAACUUUGAUGCACAGAACACCAGGACUCGGGACUUGGAGAGACACUUUGAGCCGUAUGGAAAAAUCGUAAAUGUUAGAAUCAGAAGGAAUUUUGCAUUUAUCCAAUAUGAGUCGCAAGAAGAUGCCACCAGAGCACUGGAUGCUACAAAUUCAAGUAAGCUGAUGGAUAAGGUGAUCUCAGUGGAGUAUGCAGUGAAAGAUGAUGAUUCGAGAGGAAAUGGGUACAGUCCUGAAAGACGGCGUGAUAGGUCACCUGAUAGGAGAAGGCGGUCACCUAGUCCUUACAGAAGAGAAAGAGGCAGUCCUGACUAUGGCCGAGGAGCUAGUCCAGUAGCUCACAAAAGGGAAAGAACUAGUCCUGAUUAUGGUCGAGGACGACGCAGCCCCAGCCCUUACAAGAGAGCCAGGCUUAGCCCAGAUUACAAGAGGGAUGACCGUAGGAGGGAGAGAGUGGCUAGCCCAGAGAAUGGAGCUGUAAGGAACCGAAGUCCAAGAAAAGGACGUGGUGAAAGCAGGAGUCCUCCCCCAUAUGAGAAGAGGAGGGAGAGCAGGAGUCCUCCUCCAUAUGAGAAGAGGAGAGAAAGCAGGAGCCCUCCUCCAUAUGAGAAGAGGAGAGAAAGCAGGAGCCCUCCUCCAUAUGAGAAGAGGAGGGAGAGAUCAAGGUCAAGGUCGAAGUCAAGCCCUGAGAAUGGUCAAGUUGAAAGCCCUGGACAAAUAAUGGAAGAAGAAGCUGGAAGAGGAUACGAUGGUGCAGACAGCCCGAUACGCGAGAGCAGCCCCUCUCGUUCGCCUCCAGCAGAGGAAUGAUUGGAGAUGCAGACAGAUGAUUGUGUUGGAUUCACAAACAAAAGAUGUCUCUCAAAGUAGCUGUAUCUGAACUCAAGUCUUUUGUUAUGUCAUGUUUAGUAUUUUAGUGUGUUCCUUUGGGUCUUUCGUUAAGUGCUUUUGUAAACUUUAUUAUGACUCCAUCCGAAAUCGCUUGUCGUAGUAUUGGUUAAAAAAUUGCUUCUUAUUUUGGAUUACUCUAUAUCUGACUUUAGAUGUUUAUGAGUGGAGCUUAUGUUCAAA